UUUUCCCACCACUGAGGCUAAUGGUACCACGGAGACGCAUUGCUUGCUGUCGUCGCGCAUAUAACGUUACCUGCGCAAGUCCAUUUGAAGUAGUGAAAAUCUAGAUCGAUGGGCAGUAUCACUUUUGGCGAUGCAGCGUCAGGAAAGCGAGAGAGUAGUGCAUGCGCCAAGUGUGAAAGCAGUGACAUAUCGAGCUCAUUAAGGUAAGUAGGUCGUCUCAUCCAUCAAGCGUAGACCCCGACUCUUCAGACCGUGGUUUUUACUGCAAUAUACCUUCAACACCUCACCUUGUCAACCAACGACUUCACCAUGGCGUGCGGAGGAGGUUGCUGUGGCCCCAAGAAUGCGGCAGCAACAUCUACUGCAAAUUCGAAUGUCGCUUCUGCAGUUACCAUCGAGCAUUCAACAGAGACGUCGAGCAGCGCGAUGGCGAUUUUUCAGCCUGAAGUGGAUGUAACACUCGCUCCUUCCAGUUCCGAGCCUACUACCUCUUGCGCUACCGUCAACAACCUUGAGGAUGCGACAGCGAAGCCAAAGAGUCCGUGUUGCUCAUCUUCAACAACUCCACAAUCGAAAACAGCGAGGGCAUCUUGUGCUUCACUACGGCCAGUGGAAGAGGUCAAGCCGAGCAACUCGUGCUGCUCAACAUCGGCACCUGAGGACACAGAACUACCCAGCUCAUGCUGUCAACCAUCCGAUCCUCAAGAUUCGAAAGCAUCUAAGUCUUGCUGCUCUUCAACAGCACCCGAAAAACAAAAGCCCGCCAACUCCUGCAGUUCACCAUCGGAACCUGUAGCCCCGAAGCCGAAGAGCUCGUGUUGCUCAUCGUCGGCACGCGCGAAACCGGGGCCGAAGACGUCAUGUCGUACAUCGUCUAUGCCAGUAGAAUCCGGGACAAGAGCUUGCGGCGGCAGCAGCAGCAGCUCCAACAAGGCUGAUCCCGUAUCUUCUUGCACCGGCAAGACCAAAGAUGACUGCUGCGCAUCCGAGAAUACUGACAGUGAGGAGACUGUCAUAUCCCCGCCGGAAUCCUCCUGUUGCUCGUCGCCACCAAAGGCUUGUUCCUCUCCCCAACCCGCGUCUUGUUGUCCACCAAAAAGCACGUCAAAGUGUUGCAGCAACAAGACAGCGGCUGUGGUGAACACGACCGAGCUAUCAGGCGACAACACCGAUGUCGAGAAAGGCGGCGUCACACGCGAACACAUUGCCAUCAGCGUCUCAGGCAUGACCUGUACAGGAUGCGAGACAAAGCUCCAACGAACCCUAGGCAGCCUGAACUACGUCAGCAAACUGCAGACCAGCCUAGUCCUCGCCCGCGUCGAGCUAGACAUCGACACCAACUUCGCGACCGCCGACGAUGUCGUCAAACACCUGCACCGCACAACCGAAUUCAGAUGCGAGAUCGUGUCGAAUCAAGGCUGUAGUCUGGAUUUCAUCUGCUCGGGCGAUCCUGCAGCUUUGGUCAAUGGACAGUGGCCGGACGGAGUGCUGGGUGUGCGUCGCUUGGGCAAACAGAGCAUCCGUAUUGAUUAUGAUGCGAAGGUCAUCGGAUCGAGGGACCUGAUGGGCCACGAGUGGAGCCAGUCGUUGCAACUCGCACCACCGUGUCCUGAUUCUUCCUUGGAGGCUGGUAGCAGACAUGUCCGCAACAUGGGCUUGUUGACAUUACUCUCCGCCAUCUUGACCAUUCCUGUCUUGGUUAUGGCAUGGGCUCCUCUUCCCGAGCGCGAAAUUGCGUAUGGCUCCGCAUCGCUUGCACUCGCAACUAUUGUCCAGGUUGUCAUCGCUGGUCCCUUCUAUCCGAAGGCUCUCAAAGCUUUGGUUUUCUCGAAGGUCAUUGAGAUGGAUCUACUCAUCGUGCUGAGUACAAGUGCCGCGUAUAUCUUCUCGGUUGUUUCCUUCGGCUUCUUGGUCAGCGGGAAACCUCUAUCGACAGGCGAAUUCUUCGAGACGAGUACACUGCUGGUUACGCUCAUCAUGGUUGGCCGCUGGGUGGCAUCGCUGGCGCGCCAAAAGGCGGCAGAGUCUAUCAGUAUCCGUUCCCUGCAAACUCCCACUGCCAUACUAGUCGAUGAGGACGCAGUAGAGCGAGAGAUCGAUGCUAGGCUCUUGCAAUACGGAGAUACUUUCAGGGUCGCGCCAGAAACCCGCAUCCCCACGGACGGCACUGUUAUUUCCGGCUCUUCUGAGAUCGACGAGUCGAUGUUGACAGGCGAAGCCCAACCUGUAGAGAAGUACGCCAGGUCCGCCGUCAUCGCUGGUACAAUCAACGGAAGCGGAACGCUUACUGUCCGCCUCACCCGAUUGCCUGGCGACAACACCAUCACGACUAUUGCAGGAAUGGUAGACGAGGCAAAGCUUUCCAAGCCGAAGAUCCAAGAGAUUGCUGAUACAGUAGCCAGCUACUUCGUUCCCGUCGUAGUCGCACUGACAAUCAUCACGUUCGUCAUCUGGGUCGGCAUCGGCGUUGCUGUACGGCAUCAAUCAGGCUCCGAAGCGACCAUAGAAGCCAUCACGUAUGCCAUCACAGUCUUGAUCGUCUCAUGCCCCUGUGCCAUCGGCCUCGCGGUCCCCAUGGUCAUCGUCGUCGCAUCCGGUGUCGCAGCAAAACGCGGUGUAGUCUUCAAGACAGCGGGCAGUAUCGAAGUCGCAUACAAAACAACGGAUGUGGUGUUCGACAAGACUGGUACUUUGACGGCAGGGAAGUUAGUGGUAGUGCGGGAGGAUUAUGUGGAUGAAGGUGGGAAAGCGAAGUCCCUUUUGCUUGGUUUGCUGCAGAACAUUAAACAUCCUGUGUCGGCAGCUAUCGCGACACACCUCGCGUCGCAAGGAGUGUCAGCAUCAACAGUAUCGGAUACUAAAAUCGUAACUGGUAAAGGUGUUGAAGGAACGGUCGAUGGUAAGAAGUUGCGCGCCGGUAACUCGAGAUGGCUCGAGCUGUCCGACGAGCCGCGCGUCCGUUCCAUGCUAUCCGAAGGAUUCACUACGGUUUGCUUCACCAUCGGCAACGCGCUCGUAGCCGUUUUCGGUCUGCAAGACACGCUACGACCUGAUGCAGCCUCUACCAUCAACCAUCUCCGACGUAGUGGCAUCAACGUCCACAUUCUAUCUGGCGACGACGACGGCGCUGUCAAAGCCAUUGCCGCGCAGCUCAACGUCUCGGAACAUACCGUCCGCUCUCGUUGCUCGCCUGCAGAUAAACAAAGGUAUAUCAAGGAUCUCCUCGUAGUACCUUCUACAACGCCAUCAACUGGCAAAUCGCGGAAGUCGAUUGUCAUGUUCGUAGGCGACGGGACGAACGACGCUGUUGCUCUCGCGCAAGCUACUGUCGGCGUCCAUGUCUCAAGCGGUACUGAUAUCGCGCAAUCCGCUGCUGAUGUCAUCCUUGUCCGCCCUAGCCUUUCGGGUGUGCUGACUAUUAUCAAUGUGAGUAGGAAGGCGAUACACAGAGUUGCGUUCAACUUCGGAUGGAGCUUCGUUUACAAUACUUUCGCUGUUUUGUUAGGUGCGGGCGCGUUCGUGCAUGCGAGGAUACCGCCUGAGUUUGCUGGUUUGGGAGAGCUGGUCAGUGUGCUACCCGUAGUACUGGCGGCAGUUCUGCUGAAAUGGUCGAAAGUAUGAGCAUAUGCUUUCUCGCUCAUAGUACAAACAAUCCCGAAGGCUCUCACUUAGUCUAGCUGCAACGGCAAAGUACUUUGGGAGAAUCAUGCCAUUAUUAGUCAUAGUCCUCAGAUCUUAGGCAGACAUUAAUUCGUAAUCCAGUCCGAAGGUGAACUACUCAAACACGUGGAGUUCAAGGGGGUAUCAUG